AUGGUGGCAACCCGUCGAAGUGCUCGCCGGACAAAGAGCAGCAUUGAAUUGCGAAAUAUCUUUGAAACUGGUCCGGUUCCACCGACCGAAGCUGAGAGCAUCAACAACGACAGUGAAACCACGAACAAUGACAGUGAAAUCAUCAACAACGACAGCGAUUCGAGCGAUGAAGGAGACUUUUCUGAGACAGCUUUUCUGUCAGCAUUGGAGGAAACGAUUGGAUGCCGACCAAGGAAGAAAACUCCCAUCUUUGAAUUUAUUUGUUCUGGCAAUGCAACACAUUCUGAAGGUUGGCUUCGUGCCGAGUUGAUGAAGACAAAUCCAAUCAAAAUUGCAGACAAUGAGAAGAGGAUCAUGCUGUUUAUUUUCAUGAGCCUUUCUGGAGGUGGUUGGCGGCCUGGCAUGGAUGGCUAUUCUCCAACAGAGCUCCUCUCUAUUGCUUGGGGUGUGUCCAAACCUGCCAUUCGAAGAGCGUGUCUUGCAUCGGUGGACGAAACAUUUCUCCCUUGGAUCACCUGUACUGAUAGCAAUGAUACAGAAAGCUCUGCCAGCGAUGAAGUCAACAAAAAGCGACCCAUUCAACCAGGAAUCCCAUCAGAACAAUCCACAACUGCAGAUGCCGACUUUGCAUUCUCGCCUGCUCUAGUCAACAGAGAGCCAAAGCGUCGGGAUCUCAAGGAAACUCCUGUGGUAGAAGAUGAUGAUUUUGCAUCCCCUAUCAGCACGUUAUCACUAGUUGCAAGUGUCAGCUCUCCUGGUAGUGUGGUGGAGGUUGAAGACCCCGCCCUUUUCUCCCCACGGAAUGAAACCAAUCGAAACGAUUGGCGGCAGCAUACCCAUCCACAUCACCAUGGGACACGGCUUGAUUUCAAUCGAGCCGACAAGAAGGAUGCAUCGGCUCAGACUGAAGAUCCAGUUGCAUUGUUGAGCAAUGAUGAUUCAAUACUAGAUGCGAGUACUCAGACUGAUAUUGCGGGUCGCCUUGCUGCCGAAAUGCAGUUUGAUGAUGCAAGAGGGCUCGAACGUUUGCAGAGAGUUGUGAAGUGGGCUCUACCAAGCAGCAUUGGGCCAACGUUUAUGCCACCUUUACUACGAAAGAGUAUUGCUAAGUAUUCCAUCAGUACGUUCGAUUUGAAGCUUGGGUUUGAGCUUGUUUCACUCGAAAUUGGUGGAUCAACACGAAAUCAACGAUGCCUGCACGUAUGGAUAAGACAGCCUGCAGUUGCCGUCCAGCGUCUUGUCCAGAGUGCAUUAGUAGCUGGAAAGCUACAAGACUCCUUUGAAUUUUCUAACCACAGAAAUGAGCUUGUUGUCAUCCAAGGCUCCGAUCGAGGAGGUGACAUCACAGCCAAUCUUAUCAGAAUUGGCAACCGAUCCAGUGGCAAUGCCUCGCAACACUGUCUACCACUUUCUUUUUACGAGUUUGGCAAGGAGAGCUAUUAUAAUUUGCAACAGACUAUAUUCCACCAACACAAACCAACUCGCGAAUUCCUGCAGCGUCUGCUGGAAAAGGAAUUCCACAUUGUGAUUGUGACAAUCUGCGACAAUAACAAUGCUGUUGUUGAUGCUCAAUGCACAAUGCUUCGAUUUAUAUUUCCCGGAAGAAUUUCUGGUGGCCGUCGCAUUUCUUUGGUUCGACACAAUGAAGACGAGAGUGCUUCUGUUGUUGUUGCUGACAUGAGAGAAGAGAGAGAACAGCCGCGACCGGUGUGUCUCAUCGAUCCAAGCGAAGAGUUACAGUUGGAAGCAAGCCACGAUCUUACUUGCCUCUCCGUCCAAAUGAUUGUUUCAGUGGACGAUGAGAAUGAAAUCGCCUACAAAGGCUUUGCCUUGCGAAACUGUUUUGGAAGGCUGCUUUGCGUAGAAUUCUUCCCGGAGGAUCUCUUAGUUGGUGCAGACAAUGGGACUGUAAGCUUCGAAUGCCUCCAGGUUCGCGGCUUUACUUCAGAUGACAUCAAGUGUAAUGCAACGCUCAUGGGACAGGGCACUGCGUCGGUCAUGUGCCCGUGCACAAUAUGCAUUGCUCCGAAGAAAGACUUUGCUUCCUACCUCUUGAAGCCUCCACAACAACAAGCUCCCAACAGAGAGGGUAAUUUUGCCAAUCCCAAAUUGUACAAGGCUUUCUUAGCCGAUGCUAAAGGACGAGCAGAAUGGGUCAGGAUCAAUUCAACAGGGCAGGCAAAGUUGCUCAAAACAAAGUAUCGAAGCGUGGUGUACGAGCCACUGCUCUACACACCACCUGACUUGAAUACGUGUUCCGGAAUGCAUGUUUCUAGUGGGCUGCUCACGCAUUGCACAGUUCGCGUCCUCGAGUAUUUGGGUGAAAUCGACAAGCUAACAAACUGGCUUGAUCAUCUGCGAAUUCAGCUGAACGAAGCAAAGCAAUAUAUGGUCGCGGCAAAGUCGACUGCGGAGGCUUUUCGAAAGCAAGACAUGCAGUUUGUGCGAGACAUUAAGGCAGCAAGAGCAAUGAAGUCUACACAACAGGUUCGACAGCUAGAAGACGAACGUGAAAAGAUUGCCGCGAUGCUGAUGGCCACAACAAAGGCACGAGACUCGGCCAAACUCUUCGUGGAGAAAGGAAAUGAGUUCUUAGAAGGCGUAGCCAAGAAGACAAAGGCGCGAAUUAUGGGGCCUGCAACAUAUUGCUUUCGCAAAGCCUAUGAGGUUGACGGACGUGUUGCUUUUCGGGUUGAAAAUAGUGGCUUUGAGCUCUCCAAUGGUGACGGCAUCCGUGUGCUUGAGCGCUGUGAUAAGGUGGUUGAGAGGAUGGGAAGAGUAUUUCAAGGCAACGACAAUCCACAAUUACAGCAACCAGUGGACACUUUGAUGGCAAAGUAUCUGGCGAUGGCAAAGCUGCUCUAUCGAAUGGCGGUGAUGAUGAAGAGUCAACGGAAGUGGGAAGCAGCUACGUGUGAUGAAUUUGAAGGGGCAGCACAGAGCUAUGCGUCUCUCUGGCUUUCCUUUAUUGGAGGAGACGAUGCAGAUACUAGCCCUGCUAUAUUCAACAAACUGCAUGUUCUGGUAUCACACAUCCCCCAGUUUGCCAGGAAACAUGGGAUGCUAGGAAGGUGUUCGGAAGAGGGGUUUGAGUCUUCACACAAAUGCAUCGAAUCAGUCCGAAAGCCACUCAGCUGCAUGACCUCUACAGAAGACAGAGCGCACACCAUCUACCGCAGGAUAAUGCUUCAGUCAAGGCCAGAGAUUGAACGGACGUUCGAAAGUAUCAACAACCAUUUCACCAAAGGAAAAAGAGGGCCAUAUAACAAAGAUCCCACCAAAAUGAAGACUGCGGAUUCGACAUCUGCAGCCAAAGUUUUCGGUUGCAGUCCGCUGCCAGAAGGAUUCGUCCAGUCUAUCAAUGGCUAUGUCAUCAAGGAGGCUUGGAAAGACUAUUUCGAGUAUGUAUGUUUCAGCAAAGUGCCAUCGUCCUGGACCAAAGUAUUCUCGGAAGACACAUCAUUGGGAGAGGGUUGCCGGACGAAACUCGAGUAUAUCUAG